UGGCUAGCGCGUAGGUCUCAUAAACAAUUUCAAAGAAACAAACAAUAAAAAAGAAAAAAAGAAACUUUGAUGCUUGUUGACCGUUUUUGUCCCUACACACCAAACCUUAAACGCUCUUCUUCUUCUUCUUCUUCUUCUUCGUUCUCUUUCUCUCUGGCUUCGUAUAUUUCACCAUGAAGAACCCCUUUUUCAAAACAACCUUCUUAUUCCUCUCAAGUUAAGCCAUUCUUGGUGCUGCCAAACACGCCCUUAAUUAAUUAAUGGGUUGCUUCCUUGCUUGUUUUGGUUCCUCCAAAUCCAAACGCAGAAAACACACGCACAGUGUUCAACGAAAUGCUACAAGCAAGCCUGAGCAACCUAGAGUCUCUCUGGUUCAGGAUCAUUCCGAUUAUGGAGUUAGUGAUCUCAGUGAUGAAGAUGAAGAAUGUGAUGAAAUGGUUGAAGAGUUUGAAGAAGAUAGGGUGAAAAUCGAUGUUGAUCAUGUGGUUACUGAAGGGGUUAUGGAGAGUACAAUCCAAAAUUGUGAAAGUGAUUUGAAGCCAUUUGGGGUUAAUCCCAAUGCUAGAGAUAGAAGUGCUUAUGUUCAUCCUGUGUUAAACCCUGUCGAGAAUCUCACUCAGUGGAAAUCAGUCAAGGCCAAGAGAACAGUAUCAUCACCAUUGAAGCCUCAGAAAGAGAAUUAUGUUUCUCCCAAUCAUGAAUCUCCAAGGAUUGCUAUUGCAGCUGCGGAACAAAGUGUUAAGGAAGUUUCUUUCCACUUGAAUUCGAAAACUGACUCACCAAAGAAGCUGAGCCAGGAAAUUUCAGUUGAUGAAAGUGUUAAGGAAGUUUCUUUCCACUUGAAUUCGAAAACUGACUCACCAAAGAAGCUGAGCCAGGAAAUUUCAGUUGAUGAAAGUGUUAAGGAAGUUUCUUUCCACUUGAAUUCGAAAACUGACUCACCAAAGAAGCUGAGCCAGGAAAUUUCAGUUGAUGCUAGCCUCUCAAAUUGGUUGGCUACUUCGUCAGAAACGAGCACACCUAUGAACAAGGGUAGCUCAGUGUCCUUGAAUUCAGUUACAACUCCUGAAAGAAGCACAGUCUCACAAGGUUCAAAUUCUGUAAUUAGCCAUGAUGAUAGGCCUAUUUUAGGUGCAUUGACGUUGGAAGAAAUCAAGCAAUUUUCAGCUACUUCGUCACCAAGGAAGUCACCUAGUAGGAGUCCUGAUGAGAUGCCUAUCAUAGGCACUGUUGGGACCUACUGGAAUUUUGCCGAAGAAGCCAGCACAGCAUCAUCCUUCAAAGGGAUUCCCAACACAACAAGCAAGUAUAGAGAGGAUAAGAAAGUGAAUUGGCACUCAACUCCAUUUGAGACAAGGUUAGAGAAAGCUUUGAACAGAGGUGCUGCUACUAAGAGAAAUGCAUGCACUGGUUUGUGUGGUUUUUGGGGUGUGAAUUGUCUAGGAAUUCAAUUUUUUUAUUCUUAUGAAAUGAUUCAGUGUGUGAUGUUUACUUCUUCAAUUUGCAGUUUGGGUAAAUAAUUAAUACAAUCAUAUAUCUUAUAUCUACAUUGUGUCUUCAGUUAUUUUUCAUCCUUUCAUGGGAA